GCCUCUGCAAAGAAAAGAACUUUAACGGAUUCGUAAAAGGAAAAACGGCUAGUUUCUCUCGAACAGUGCGACACAAAAGGCGAUCAUCUCUUUUCCGCGGUGCCGCCCUCAGCUUCUCAACGUCGGCUCAUCAGGAGUCGACUGCUCAACCAGAGCUCCGCUUUCUCUCCGGCCAGAGAGAUGAAGAAGAAGAAACCCAAAAAAUCCCCUUCGAAAUCCCCCCCGCAGAAACCACCGCCGUCUUCCCCCGUAGUAGAUCCUCCCACCCUGAAGGAGAAUCAACCCCCCUCUGACUCGCUGGUGGCUUCAGAUGCCCAAAUCGACUCCAUGGUCGACGCGGAAGCUCAGCCACCUCUUGAUUGCUCAGAUCUAGAGUUGAACCCAACAAAAAUUGCAACAAAUGAGACAGAGAUCGCCGUUUCUACAGCAGAUCCAUCUCCAGUUUGCGAUGAAGAAUUGAAUAUUACUCUUGAGUCGAGCUCAGGUGGUCCGCCACAAAGCUCCUCGGAGUCUGUCCUAAACAGGGAAGCUUCUUCAAGUGAGAAGCCUAAUCCCGAAGCGGGAUCCAAACGAGCUACUGCUGAAGCCAAGGUUGUUCCCUCGAGCUCGCAGUCAGCUGAAGAAUCUCUCACGGAGGACCAGCCUUGCCUAAAAGAGAUCGGUGGUAGUCAGGAAAGGCACUCUGACUUGGCUAUUCCGACGAAAUCCCCGCAGGAAUCAGGUUCACAAUUGAGUACCAAAGUCUCAAAGGAGGAUACGAAGCAAGAAUCUCCAGCGCCUCUGCCUCAAAGGGAUACAACUGAGGACUGGUGCGCCCAUGCCAGGGGCUAUGGCAAACGUCUCUCGAAGAAGGGAGAAGCUUUCACUCUACCAACAGGAGAGGCGUGUAUCAAAAUACCUAACGAGAUUAUUGAAAAGAAUAGGAAAGCCUGGGACUCUUUUGUUCUGGGACAAUUCUACUCUGAUCCGCCAUCUCAAGGAACGAUCCACAACAUCGUGAAUGGCAUAUGGAGCAAGCAGUACAGAGACAUCUCGGUUUCAAAAAUGGAAGGUUAUGCUUUUCUGUUCAAAAUUCCGAAUGCUGCUACCAGAGCUAGGGUCAUAAAGCAAUGUCUAUGGCAGAUUGAGGGACAGACGAUGUUUGUAUACAAAUGGGAACCAGGGGUUAUUCCAACCAAACCGGAACUCACUUCUGCCCCCAUCUGGCUCGAACUUCGACAAGUCCCGUUCCAGUUCUUCCAUGAGGAUGGAUUGGAAAGGAUUGCUGGGCUGGUGGGUCAUCCCAAAUUCCUGCAUCCGGCAACAGCAAAUAAAACUAAUUUGGAAGUGGCUAAGGUAUUCACCAUAAUUGAUCCAAGAAAACCUCUUCCUGAAGCAGUGAAUGUGCAGUUCGACUCAGGCGAAAUUAGUAGAGUCUUGGUAUCAAGCCCAUGGAUGCCCCCUGUCUGUGAGUCUUGUAAAGAGAUAGGGCAUGUAACAAGGAGAUGCCCCUCCUCUGUUGCUGCUAAGCCAUGCUCGAGGUGCAAAUCCCUAACUCACAUUACGGCAAAUUGUCCUCAGAAGCAAUCUCAGGAUCCUCAGAAAAACAACCCUGAACCAACCAAAAGAAAGACCAGAAGAAGCAAAUCAAGAGGUAAGCAGAUUUGGAAGCGUGUUGAUCAAGUUAACCUUCCUCAGACUGAAGCUCCCCGAACAGAAGCUCCCCCGCCUAUCGCCUCCACUGACUAUCAACAUACAGAGAUUGUCAAGCAUUCCAAGCUUGGCACUGGCUGCGACGUUGAAACCUCAGAUUCAGAGCUUGAAGAAGGUGAAUUCAGUGACCGAGACCGUGAAUUUCAGGUGGUACGUAACAAGAAGAAGUUCUCAGGCCUGAAGCAGUCUGGCCAGAAAGGAAACCGGGGCAGGAGCCUCAAACUCUAUUAGUAUAUGUCGACGGAUAUUUUUUGUUGGAAUGUGCGCGGGCUAAAUAAGUAUAACCACCGCAGCGGCUUACGGAAAUGGUAUAAGAAAAACUCACCUUUUUUUGGCGGAA